CGCUUGAGGCUGAAGGAGGAGAAGAAGAAGCAGGCUGCGCUCAUGAAAGCCUUGGAGACGCCUGAGGAGAAACGGGCUCGCCGGCUGGCCAAGAAGGAGGCCAAGGAGAGGAAGAAGCGGGAGAAGAUGGGGUGGGGAGAGGAGUACAUGGGUUAUACCAACACCGACAAUCCCUUUGGGGACAACAACCUGCUGGGCACCUUCAUCUGGAGCAAGGCACUGGAAAAGAAAGGGAUCAGCCACCUGGAUGAGAAGGACCUGAAGGAGAGGAACAAGCGAAUCCAGGAGGACAAUCGCCUGGAGCUACAGAAGGUGAAGCAGCUGCGCCUGGAGCGGGAGCGGGAGAAGGCGAUGCGUGAGCAGGAGCUGGAGAUGCUGCAGCGGGAGAAAGAGGCAGAGCACUUCAAAACCUGGGAGGAGCAGGAGGACAACUUCCACCUGCAGCAGGCCAAGCUGCGGUCUAAGAUCCGGAUUCGGGAUGGGAGGGCAAAACCCAUUGACCUUCUGGCCAAGUACAUCAGUGCGGAGGAUGAUGACCUGGCCGUGGAGAUGCACGAACCCUACACCUUCCUGAACGGCCUGACUGUCUCCGACAUGGAGGAUCUGGUGGAAGACAUCCAGGUUUACAUGGAGCUGGAGCAAGGGAAGAACGUGGACUUCUGGAGGGACAUGACCAUCAUCACGGAGGAUGAGAUAGCCAAGCUCCGCAAACUGGAGGCCUCUGGGAAAGGAGGGCCGGGGGAGCGCCGGGAUGGCGUCAACGCCUCCGUCAGCUCGGACGUGCAGUCCGUGUUCAAGGGGAAGACGUACAACCAGCUGCAAGUGCUGUACCAGGGCAUCGAGAGCAAGAUCCGUGCAGGAGGACCCAACCUUGACAUCGGGUACUGGGAGAGCCUGCUGCAGCAGCUGAAGGCUUAUAUGGCUCGGGCCAGGCUGCGGGAGCGGCACCAGGAUGUGCUGCGCCAGAAGCUGUACAAGUUGAAGCAGGAGCAGGGCGUGGAGAGCGAACCUCCCACCAUCAAGCGGGAGCCAGCCUCCCCCAGCGACAGGCUGGAUCCAGAGGAGAGCAUGGUGGUACAGCCAGGGCCGUCCUCGGAGCCGGAGGCUGAGCAGGACGGAGAGGGCAAAGGAGAGGCAGAGGGGGAAGCCGUGCUGAUGGAGGAGGACCUGAUCCAGCAGAGCCUAGAUGACUACGAUGCGGGGAAGUACAGCCCCCGGCUGCUGGGCACCAACGAGCUGCCCUUCGACGCCCACGUGCUGGAGGCCGAGGAGGACGCGCAUCGGCUGCUGCUUCUGCGGCAGCAGCUCCAGGUCACAGGUGAUGCCACCGAGAGCGCCGACGACAUCUUCUUCCGUAAGGCCAAGGAGGGCAUGGGCGCGGACGAGGCGCAGUUCAGUGUGGAAAUGCCCCUGACGGGCAAAGCCUAUCUCUGGGCCGACAAGUACCGGCCCCGCAAGCCCCGUUUCUUCAACCGGGUGCACACGGGCUUCGAGUGGAACAAGUACAACCAGACCCACUACGACUUCGACAACCCGCCGCCCAAGAUCGUGCAGGGCUACAAGUUCAACAUCUUCUACCCCGACCUCAUCGACAAGCGCUCGACGCCCGAGUACUUCCUGGAGGCCUGCCAGGACAACAAGGACUUUGCCAUCCUGCGCUUCCACGCCGGGCCGCCCUACGAGGACAUCGCCUUCAAGAUCGUCAACCGGGAGUGGGAGUACUCCCACCGCCACGGCUUCCGCUGCCAGUUUGCCAAUGGGAUCUUCCAGCUCUGGUUCCACUUCAAGCGUUACCGUUACCGCAGAUGAGGGGCUGCUCAGCUCCCCUCUGGACCCCCGAAGGUUUUCCCUGUCCUUGCUUUUAUCCUGAGGGACCCUGAGACUUUGGUACAAAUAAAUAAGUGUUGU